GCGUUGAGCUAUGUCUGGGGUGAAGCGCAGCCAUACAGCACAACUACGCAGAAUAUUGAUUCGUACAUUCACGAUGGCAUCAAUGCGUUGCCCCUUCCGCAAACCAUUCUCGACGCAAUUUUGACAACCAACCGGCUCGGGGCAGAUUAUCUGUGGGCCGAUACGUUAUGUAUCAUCCAGGACUCUGACGAUGACAAAAUCCACGAGCUGUCACACAUGCGGAAUGUCUACCGCCACUCCUACUUAACUAUCAUUGCCGCGAGCGCGCAUCGUGUCAGCGAGGAAUUCUUGAAGAACCGCAAAGAGCCCCAAAGACAAGAUAGCCAAGCCCUGCGUUCCAUGCUUCCUGAAAUGACUGGAACAGUGUCACUUGUAGAAUCCGACGACACGCUAUACACACUCUCAAUAGAGCCAAUCCACUCACGUGGUUGGUGCAUGCAGGAGUACUUCCUUCCCCCACGUGAACUCAUAUUUGCGUCACACACACUGCAAUAUCGUUGCCAGAGAUCCACGCGGAACAUAGCCGGCGCAGAUUAUCCAUUGUGGGUUGAUGCGGCAGAGCCUCCUCCCCUUCACUACCUCCGAAAGUCACCAAAGACGCCUGAGGAGACAGAGGCUCUCCACAAGGUGUGGAAAUAUACUGUCGAGAACUACACCCACCGCAGCAUAUCUGUGUCUGGAGACAAGUUAAUUGCGAUUGCGUCGCUCGCUGAGGAAUUCCACGACGUCAUUCAAACUCCUUACCUCGCAGGUCUCUGGAAAAGCACGCUCCUUAGCGACCUACUUUGGCACAAGGGCAGCGCGAUACAUUGUUUUGAACGACCGAAGGAGUACCGAGCGCCAUCGUGGUCCUGGGCAACGCCAAGGUUAAAAGCGGGGACACAUCAUUCGUUGGCGAAAGCGGGAUAUUCGUCGCCGAAGUUGUGUGGUGCGAAACGACGCUGCGAAGUAGCGAGCUUAUCUUUAGCGCAGUCGCUGCAGGCAUACUUGUUCUACGCGCACCUGUGGUAA